UGUUGCUAUGGGUAAAGCAUCUAAUCAAAAUCUCCUGGGUCGUAGAUUUAAAACACGAGAUACCUCAGUGCCUAGUGUUGAAACAGCAAGAUCAACAAUGGCUUCCGGCAUCGAGAUUCUGGCACUUAGUACUACCUUUCCCAGCGAGGAGGAUUCAGUGGACGAAGCCACCAUUGAGCUGCUGGAAUGGCAGUCCCUCGUUCUUUGGCGCCGCCCGGUGGAUACCCUAAAAUAUGGAACUCUGGAGACCGGCCAGCUGCUGAUAUCCUUUACCGCCAAGCUGCUGAGCCCGUGGUUGAUGGGCAUAGUACUGCUGUUGGGCAUGUUUUGCCUUCUGCCCGGACCCCACGAAGACUUUGUGCUUUUCUGCCAGCAGAGGUUCGGGUUCGCUGUCUACUGGCUGGGACUGGGAGUGCUCUCAUCCGUGGGCUUCGGCACUGGCCUGCACACCUUUCUGCUCUACCUGGGACCCCACAUAGCCGCCGUAACGCUGGCCGCCUACGAGUGCCAAACCUUAGACUUUCCCACUCCGCCAUAUCCGGACAUAAAAGUCUGCCCACAGGAACCGUACAGACACCAUCACCCAGAUGUGUGGGAGAUUCUAUCGAAGGUACGGCCAGAGGCGCUCCUUUGGGGCAUAGGUACGGCCCUUGGCGAGUUACCACCGUACUUUAUGGCCCGCAGAGCACGGCUAUCCAACAAGGAGUUGGACGGAGCGGAGGCAGAUAAGUUAUUGGCAGCCAAGCUAAAGAGCGGUGACCUCGACCUUUUGGAGCGCACCAAGCUGUUCAUGGAGCGGGUAAUGCGUAGAGUGGGCUUCCUGGGAAUUCUGUUUUGCGCCAGCGUUCCCAAUCCCCUGUUCGAUCUGGCUGGGAUUACUUGUGGCCACUUUCUCGUGCCCUUCUGGAAGUUUUUCCUAGCCACCCUAAUCGGCAAGGCGUUGGUCAAGGCUACUAUACAACAGUUGUUUGUUAUCGCGUCACUGACAGAAGAUCUGGUCCACAAGUUUGUGGACUGCCUGGGCCAGGUGCCCUAUCUUGGACCCCCCUUGCAGCAGAUCAUCAAGGACCUCUUGCGAUCCACCAAGCAGCAGAUGCACGGCACCGGAAAGUCGGAUUCCCUGGCCUACCUGGGCCUUCUGGUGCGAGCCUUUGAGCUGUGUGCAUUCGUCAUGGUCGCCUGCUUCGUAGUAUCCUCGCUGAACUGCCUGGCCCAAAUCCAUUGCAAGCGCCAGCAGGAGAAGGAGCGGAAGAUGCGCAACGUGCAGAUGAUCCUCUACGCCGGCGGGGGGGCGUCCUCAUCGGAGGAGUUCACAGUAUAGGCAGCAGUUAUAAUAUAUUUCGUAAAGCACUUGA